AUCUCUUCUUUCUCUCUUUCUUUUCUUUUUUUUUAAGUUUAUUUUUAUAUAUCAUGAUUGAAACAUAUAUUACCACCAAAAACUAUUCAGAACUAUUAAGUGCAUGCGAAGAAUAUGAAUUGAAGUAUGGAACUUUGACGGAUCCUUCCUUUUCCUUAUAUGAUCUAUAUCCUGCCUAUCUUGGUUCCUAUAUUAUUGCCGAUGACUUGAACUCUGCAAGAUUUCUGAGGAAAAGAAUGUUGGGGAAAGCAAAACUACAAGGAUGUGCCAUUAGUACCGAAACAGAUCAAAUGUGGCAAGUCUGUGUAGCAUUAUGGAAACGGAAUUACAAGGACGCAUAUAUCUUAUUGAAUGAUACCUCUCGUUGGUCAAUACAAAUUCAACCUAUGAUUUCAGAUAUACUAGAAUCAAUACGGGAACGAAUGGCCACACUACUUUCCAAGGCUUAUAGCACUCUCACGAUGGAUGAUGUGAUCGAUUACUUUGGUAUGCAGGAAGCUGACAUUACACAAGCAUUAUUAACAAAGGGUUGGUCAUAUGAUACAAAUACCAAGAUAUUCACAACAAGGAAGCCAGAUGUCAGUCAAAGGGAAUCCUCAAAUUUUGGACAAUUAUCAGCAAUAGCAGACAUGGUUUUACAUUUAGAAAAAUUCUGAUUUGGUAUAUUGACUAUAAAAAAUAAAUAAAAAAAAAAGUAUAAACCAAAUUGCUUUUAUAUAUGUUCUUGAAUUUGGAAAAGGUUUUAUGACAGAUUUCAAAUAUAAGUUUUCUUUCUUCAUUCUUUUUU